AGAAAAAAUGGGGAGAAAGAAGGUAGAAAUAAAGCGAAUCCAAGAGAAAAGUUGUAGGCAAGUUGCUUUUUGUAAACGAAGGAAAGGUCUAUUGAAGAAAGCUAAGGACCUCUCUAUCAUGUGCGAUGUGGAUGUAGCUGUUGUUAUCAUCUCCAACAGUGGCAGGCUGUACGAAUUCUCAAGCAGCAACAGUCUGACAGGGAUCCUUCAACAAUACGAAAGUCACGUUGAAGCAGAUAAAGAGAUCUCUGCAGAAAUCCAAGUUACAGAGCACUCUAAAUACGCAAGGUUCGUGACAACGGGAGAACUGUUACAAACAACAGAAAGGCAACUUGAGGAAAAUGAUGCUGAAGGUCUUACUGUGACUGACCUUGUCCAUUUGGAAAACGAACUUCAAACUGCUCUAAUACAAACCAGAUCUAGACAGACACAUUUGAUGCUUGAAUCUAUUAAGGGUCUUCACGAGGAGGAAAAAUUGCUGCAAGAGGAAAACAAACUUCUGGAGGAUAACCUAGCUAGGAUCCAGCAAAACGGAAAAGUGAAUGACACAUCUAUGGAUUCCACUGACCUUCCACCAACCCACAUAAUUUGCGGACAACAGAGAGCGACCCUGAAUUUUCUCUAGUGAUUUGCCAAAUAGCCUUGCAGAGGCCCCAGGGGAAUAACUUGCAAAGAUUAUGCAGUUCCUAUAUUUAGUGUCAUGUUGCACAUGAAAUUAGCUAAGUCAAGGUAUCUUCAGAAAUAACUAACAAUAUUGUGCAGUUUCAGUAAAAACCAAUUGUUCAUCUGUAUGACCAUGUAAUUGAAAAGGUCAAGAUGAUCUUUGGCCCUGCGUUUAUGUUUUAUCUAUUCAGAGUUUCUGUUGCAUGCCACGGCCUUAUUUUUGUUUCUCAUGCUGAUUAAAUUAUUUACGUGCUAGACUGAUACAAGAGGUUGAGUUAUAUGGGCUUAUGCCUUUUCUUGUUCUGAAGUUGUAUAAUGUUCAAAUAUAGGUGGCAUCUUGCUUGCUGUCUUAAAUAAGUCCGAGAGGAACUCCAUUAUUUCGACAACUUUUGACUUUUUCUUUUUAAGGACCAUAUAUUUAAAGGCUUAUUGUUGUUAUUUUGGGCACUUGUUAAAAUAACUUGCAGCAACUUAUGUUGAAGUUAUUCUUUUAAGAAUUAAAAUUCAUUCUUAAGAAACACUGCUGUUUCACAUAGUUUGAAAUUCUUAUGCCACGAAUUACCAUUCAUUCUUGGGAAUUUGCUCUAUCAUAACUUUCUUCGCGGUAUUCAUGUUAGUGGUAACAAGGGAUGAAGAUUGUCCUAUUAGAGCACUAGCAUGGUUAAAAUUUUAUGAGAAUGGUCAUGAUAGUGUAUAA